GUUUCAGAUCGCGGGCGAAAACAGCGCGAUCGUGGCGCGAUCGCGUGCUGGAGCCCUUCCCGCGACGCAAUCCCAUAAAAAACGCGAUCUGCCGCUAACCGCGCGAUCACGCGCGAAACGGCGCUAUUUGACUUCGCUAUCGCUGCAAAAUCGCGGGCAUGGGCCGAAAGACUGAAACACAAGGGCCCAAAUGCCCCAAACAGAUCAGAACGGCCCAAAUUCGCGAUGGUAUAUAAUACCGCCUCCAGAAAACCUAGCUUGUGUCCCCCAUUCCCUUCUCUCCCUCCCACUAAAAAGUUUGCGGCGGCUGCGCUGUUCUUCCCAGCAGCGCCGACUGCUGCUUCGUUGGAAGCCAGAUUCGGUUGCGAGGGAGGUGGAAAGGCGACCGGCGACGAGGGGCCUCUGCACGACGCCGCCUCUACGACCACGAUGACAUCUCAGUCUCAGUCUCAAACGGUUCCAGCAGCCGGGGCAAGCACAUCGCCAGGAGGUUCACACAAAGAGACGCAGUAGGCUGGUGCAUGACAAGAUGAGUGACCUUGUUUUCAUCAAGUUCAACUCCAAACUGAAGGACAAGAAACUAAACAAACUCAAGGACCCCAUUGAGAAGCAGGUGGUAGAUGUUUUAGAAGAUGAUGAGAAUGAAUGGAUCACUGGUGUGGUGCCUAAUGGUGAUGAAGAACAAGUUGAAGGUGAAGAUCAAGAUCAAGAAAUUCCAUAUGCAAGCUCGCAUGCUGGACCAGGAACUUCUGCUAUUAAUCCCCUUAAAAGGAAGAGGGGUGUCUAUGGUAAGAAUAAGAAGAUGAUGAUCCCUGUUACUCCUCAAGAAGAUCUGCUCUCUGCUUCCUCUGCUUCAGAAAGUGACGACGACGAGGACACCAACAUGAGUUCUGGUUCUGACAUGUGAGCUUGUCGGUUUCUUCAUGAAGUUCGUUUUGGCGCUCAUGAUUCUAUCCUUUCCUGUGUGCUUUUGACAAAUGAAUUCUAAAGACUUUGUGAUGCAUGUAAUGGACUAUGGACAUGCUGCUGUUGUUACUUAACUUCUGCUGAACUGCUGAUGUUAUGCUUGAUGCAGUCUUGAAUUUAUGUUUUUAUUUAUCUGUUGAA